AUGGUCACACCCUCAAUCCGCGUGGCCCCCUCGGCCGCCAACAGAGCCCUCAACCUCCUGCGCACCGUCCAAUAUACGCAUCCUCCCUCGUGUCCCUGCCAUUCGAACCCCAAUCACCACCAUCAUCAUCGCUCCCCGACCCUCGCCGACCAUGUUCGUCGUCACAUGGCCACUCCCGUCGACCCCUCGCGCCAGAAGGAAUACGCCUUCGAGAUGGCCGCCUCCAGUAUCCGGUUCGGCCCGGGCGCGACGAAGGAGGUGGGGAUGGAUUUCGCCAACAUGAAGGCCAAGCGCGUCUGCGUGGUCACAGACAGCAAUGUGGUGAAAUUGGACGCGAUGAAACAGGCCGUAGAGGGUCUGUCGCAUGAGGGCAUCGAAUUCACCGUCUUCGAUAAGGUUCGCAUUGAGCCGAAGGAUUACUCGAUCAAGGAGGCAAUUGAAUUCGCCAAGCCGUAUAAUCCGGAUGCUUUUCUUGCUGUCGGUGGUGGAUCGGUCAUUGAUACCGCCAAACUGAUGAACCUUUACACCGUCUUCCCCGAGGCCGACUUUCUUGAUUUUGUGAACGCUCCCUUGGGUAAAGGUCUACCGGUGAAUCGACCCUUGAAGCCUCUCGUAGCCGUGCCGACCACCGCGGGUACCGGCUCAGAAACGACGGGAACCGCCAUCUUCGACCUCGUAUCCAAAAAGGCCAAGACCGGCAUUGCGCAUCGGAAUCUGAAACCCACGCUGGGCAUUUGCGACCCCCUCAACACGCGCACCAUGCCCUCCGCCGUGAAGGCGGCCUCGGGUCUCGACGUACUCUGCCACUCACUGGAGUCGUGGACGGCCAUCCCGUAUAACGAGCGCACGCCGCGUCCGACGAACCCGAUCAAUCGUCCAGCCUACCAGGGCGCCAACCCCAUCUCGGAUAUUUUCUCCUUGCAGGCGCUUCGGAGCACCGUCGAGUACCUCCCCCGGGCCGUGCGGGAUCCCGACGAUAUGGAGGCGCAGUCGCAGAUGCUGUUGGCCGCGACGCUGGCCGGCGUGGGAUUCGGCAACGCGGGCGUUCACCUUUGCCACGGCAUGAGCUAUCCGAUUUCCAGCCAGAACCCGGGAUACCAGCACGCGGGCUACCAGGUUGACCAGCCCAUCAUCCCGCACGGCGUGUCCGUCGCCGUGACGGCGCCCGCCGUCUUCCGAUUCACGGCAGCGUCCAACCCGGACCGGCAUCUGGCCGCCGCCGAGGCGUUCGGCGUCGACAUCUCGAAUGUCAAGCGCGAGAGCGCGGGCGAGGUGCUGGGGGAGGCGCUGGCCGAUUUCCUGGCCAAGCUGGGCGACCAGCCGCGCGGGUUGAAGGAUCUGGGAUUCAAGCCGUCGGACGUGGAGUCGCUGGUGGAGGGAACGCUUCCGCAGAAGCGGGUGCUGAUGCUUGCCCCUAAUCUUAACGAGGAGCUGGAAGCCGAGAAGGGAGAACUGAGGAAGUUGCUGGAGGAAUCGAUGUCGCAUUAA